AUGCUCCAGCAAUUCGACCGCCCAGAGAUCACCUCCAACGCCGAGUUCCAGCAGCAGGGUUCUGUGCUGAACGAGCUCCUUUUUGCGGAGGAAGCGGCACAUGGCACUCAGGACUCCGCUGAAGAGUUGAACACAACGAAGGAGGUCCAAGUACGUGUCCGCAGGGCUGGAGACAGUGUCACUUCCGAGGAGGUUUAUGUGACGGUUGCCAGCACCGCGUCAAUGCGUGACGUUCGGGCAGCGGUUGCAGAGAAGUGCAACAACCCGGCGUUCCUUCAGAGAGCCAAGCUGGUGAGAAAUCGGGGAGGUGUUCUUGUCGGCUACCAGGACUCCGAACCAAUCCGAGGCCGACGCAGGCUUUUGUUCUUGGGCCCAUCACUUUGGCGGGAUGGUGAUGUCGGAGAUGAGGCACCGUCCGCUGGCGAUUCUGACAGUGAGGAACCGGACGGUGCAGCACCUGGAACCCUAUCGCUGGAGAAGGCGCGCCGCUUCCUUCACAGGGUCAAAAAUGCUUGUGCCAGCCAGAGCUUCCAGCAGUCGGUUGCAGAGCUACGGGCCCGUGCUCGCCAGCGAGGAGAGACGACGGGCACCAGAAUGGCCGUGGGGACUCUCUUCAUUGCGGCCUGUCAGAGCAUUCUCAGGAAGUUCGGCUUUGGCAUUGACCGUCAAGGAUAUGAGCAGAUGUUCACAGCGAUCUUCCCACAUGGGCAGGAUCCAACGAUCCUGGCGCUGGCUUCAGAUAUCGAGAAAUUGCUCGGCGUUCCAGUUGGAUCCUGGUUUGGUCUGGCAAAUGAGGGCAUCCAGGAUGGAUCCGCACAGCUGAGCCGUGACGAGGCGCGCCAAGUCGUGACUGAGAUUCGACGUCUGGUCGGCUCGCCCACCUUCCAGAAAGAGGUCGUUGCCAUUCGGGAUGGCGUUCGCAGCAGAAACGGGAGCCUACAAGAAGUCAGCCAGGAGGUUUACAUGCCUUUCUACCGGUUGGUGAGACCUAUCACGCUGGCAUUCCGCCUGGGCGGAGAUCCCCAGUGCUUGGCGCGGAUGAGCGCAGCGCUGGCUCCUCACCUGGAGGAUGCGCAGCUUCGUGCUGCCGUUCGACAGGUGGAGACAUCCUUCCUGCACACGCACCCUGGAGCAUUCUUCGCGACUUCACAGGAUGCGCCGCAAGGAAGCGUGGAGGCCACUGUGAAGAUACGCAUCCGACAUGCUGUCAGUGGAGCUGAGGUACCCUUGACCGUCCCAGCUUCAUCUACAAUGGGAGAGAUCCGUGAGGCGCUGGCGAAAGCAGUUGAAAGUGAGGAGGUAUGGCGAAAUGGCAGACUGGUCGAAUCACGACAGGGAGGUGCGUUCACUUCCUUCAAGGAUGGUGAGAAGCUCCACAAACGGCGUCGCUUGCUUUUUCUCGGUGCCGAUCUGCCAACAAAGCAGAUCAACGGUGCCGCGAAGGUGAAGCUUACCAGACAGCAAGCGGUCGAACUUCAGAACGAACUGCUCGAAGGGUUCAGGUCUGGCGACUUCCAGGAACGCUUCCGGGAGCUGCAGGCGAAGUUUCCUGAUGGGGGCGCCACCUUCUACGUGGAAAGAAGGAAGCUGGUCCUUUCAGUACAGACCAAGGUCAUUCCGAAGUAUGGCUUUGCUGCGGAUUUGAGUGGCGUUUUCGACAUGGUCCGCCUCCUUGGCACCCUCCCGGACGAGGAGAACGAGAUCGGCAGGAGAGGAUGGGAGAUCGAAAGGCUCAUUGGUGAGCGGGAGACGAGCCAUGAGAAUGCACAGGCCAAGGAUGUUGAUGCCGGCAUAGACACGGAAGCUUCUGACGAGGUUCUCGAUGUUCAGCCGGCACCUGACACUGACGCCGAGAACAGCGCAAGAGGGGAAAAUCAGUUUAUGAAUGCGCUUGAUCAGAUGGAGGACGAGGGAAUGACGAGCUUCGCAGAGGUCGUGUUGGCAGAAAGUGACGGCCACGAUAGUUUUGCAGAGAAACAAGCUGUCGAAGAGGUCAAGUUGCCGGCAGGAGCAUCCCCUGUCAGUGCGGCAGAUUUGAAGACUACACGGGCCGAGCCUGCAGACGUGACAGAGAAUCCUAGCUUGGACCAGCACCCAGCUAGUGGUGGCCAAGAAGCGGAGGAGACCUCAAUGCAUUCCGGCCCAGGUGACGCUGAAACUGAGCUCGUGGCUGCAGAAGACAUGAGCAGUGCGCAGCCUAAAAAUGAAGCGGAGGAGGCCAUGGCAGAGGAUUCCACCUUGGACCAGCGCGCUGCUGCACCAGGGUCGUCCCGCUCUCCGGAAGGUGGCCAAGAAGUGGAGAAGACCGCACUGCACUCCACCACACAUGAUGAAGCUGAUGCUGAGCUCGUGGCUGGAGAAGCAUCUGCAGUUCAGGAGGAAGACAGGAACGCUGCGCAGGCUGAAACUGCAACUGUGGCAGAGGCCGUGGCGGAGGAUUCCAGCUUGGACCGUCACGUUGCCGCGCCUGAGUCGGCAGUGCACUCCACCACAGAUGAUGCAGCUGACGCUGAGCUCGUGGCUGGAGAAGCGUCUGCAGUUCAGGAGGACGACAGGAACACUGCGCAGGCUGAAACUGUAAGUGUGGCAGAGGAUUCCAGCUUGCCUGUAUCUUCCGGUGGCCAAGAAACAGCGGACGCAGCAGAGCGCAUCUACCCCCUCGUAGAUGGUGCAGCUGAUGCGGGGUCUUAUGCUGGAGAAGAUACUGUGGGAUCCAAAGAGGACACAUUCGCAACGACAGUGGGGAAAGCGUCAUCCAACGGUGAAAGCAAUGAGUUGCAAGAUUCUACCAGCCGCAGGAAGUCGCUCGUGAGCUCCAUGGCUGCGAAUGUACAACCUGAUGUGGUCGAGGAAGAUCUCAAGCAGGCUGGCUCUGAGAGAAGUCGCUUGACUGACGCCUCCAGCCGACAACAUCUGGAGGGCCCUGAGGCCUUACCGGCACAGGAGGCGACCCACACGGAGACUGAAGAGCAAAGGGAGCUGGGAGUGAGUGGCGUGGCUGCUAUUCCGGAGGACGAAGAGGGUCAAGAAGAGGGUGAGGAAGAGGAAGAAGAGGAGGAGGAGGAAGAGGAAGAGGAGCUUGACGAAGACUGGGACGAGGAUGGAUGGGCAUUCGGUACGGCUGACAAGCUCCGCGCAGAGCAGGAUGCUUGCCAGAAGUUGGUGUGCCCACGCCAGUCGCCAACAGGGCGAGCUGUUUGCGCUUUGGUUUCGGAUAUCGUGUGCAACAUGCUCCAUCGGAUUGACAAGUGCUCUGGCUUGGAGCGUGCGGUCUUGCAGCUAGACGAGGACAAUCUCGAUGCCGUUUCGGCAACUGUGGCCGUGAGCACAGUGUGCCUCAUAGCAUCGAUCUUGUCAGCAUGCUUUUAUCCGAAAGUCAGCUUUGACUGUCUGGAACGUUUUUUUAUCGUCCAGGCGCUGGUCUUGAAUGGGAUGUUGAUGUUCCUCCCACUCACCAUUGCAGAUGCAACCAAUCGGGCAAUGAAUCUGACGUGGCACUCAGUGGGUUUCAAGCUUUUGGCAUUGACCGGGCGGCGAUUCUCGCGCUGCCUGAUCCUGCUGGCCUGUUCCUGCUUGAUCGAUGCAGCCACCCAUCUUGCCGCCCUUUUUCUUCUCGAUGGUAGACCUGGUGCGGGGUCUAUCGUGUUUGUUCUCUUGGUGAGCGGCUACAUCGGCCUGAUGUGCUUUGUCACCUGCGAACGCUUCUCCAGGUUCUCCCAGGUGCAAAGAAGCCACGAGGAGGUCCUGGAAAAGACCUUGACGGAGGCCGGUCUUGUGCGGGAGCCAUUGCACGUGAGCAUCGCAGAGCACAAGGCCUUCGACUCCUGGGCAUUUUUGGCCUUCCGAUCUGUUGAUGCGGCUUCCGGCUCCAGGGUGGAGCAAGCUCGAGCUAAUGUUUGCACCGAACAAGGUGGAGAUGUACAAGCAGAGCUGGUGAUCCUUCGACUUGCUACAGGUUGUGAUGGCGAAAGAUGCUGUUGCCUGCACCCUGCCUGCAAGACGAUCAUCCUGCCUGCGAGCGGCUGCGGACUGGCUGCAGCGAGUGAGAUGCCGCAAUACGCGCAGCAAGUGGUGCACCACCACUCGGCUGCACAUGCUGCGGGUGCUAACCAGGAUGCGGGGCAGGAUGUCCAAUCUGGUGGUUCGGACGAUGCCAGCGUGAUUUCAAAGGCAAGGAACCAGGUGCGGUUGGCAGGGAUUGAGAACAAGAGCAGCAGUAUCUUCGACGUGCCUCCACCAGAGCGCGAGGUGGACAGUCAAGGCAAGAGCUUCCGAGAACUGGUGGACUUGGGACGGCGUGAGCACUGGAUCGUAGAUCCACAGCAGCUCUGCUUGUUCGAGAGCCACACAUUAGGCAGCGGUACUUUCGGCACCGUCUUUCAAGGCACGUACUACGGUGCUCAGGCAGUCAAGAUGCCCAAGGCAGACAAGAAGGAGCAUUUGCCGCUCUUGAACGAGCUUCGAACACUCCGUCGGCUACGUCAUCCUAACAUCGUCCUAUUCCUCGGGGCCCAUGUCGUGCCGUCCACGAACGACAUGGCUUUGGUCUUCGAACUCAUCGAGGGUCAAACCCUGCAUGAUUGGAUCAAAGGUCAACCACACCCCAUAGAAUGCGAUACAGGCAAGCUGAACAUCCUGCUUGGCAUUUCUUUGGCACUUCGGUAUCUACACCAGCAGGACAAAACCCUCGUGCAUGGUGACCUCAAGGGUACAAAUGUGUUUGUGGAGAACGGCAACCUUUUGCCCAGAGCAAAGCUAGGUGACUUUGGUCUUGCAAGGUUCCUGUACAAGACAGAACACACUAUGGGCGGAAGCUUGAGGUGGAUGGCCCCAGAGAUAGCAACUGGACUGAAUCGUGCGCCGUCAUGUGCUGCUGACAUCUUUUCCCUGGGGGCAUUAUUUAGUUUCACCCUCACGGAUGUCAAGCCGUUUGAUGGCAUGGAUAGAGCGAAUAUCCUGAAGAUGAUGAGGAGGGGCAGCUUGCAACAGCUUACUUGGCCGACAGAGAGCAGCGAACUUUCCCAACUUAUCGAGAACAUCGGCGAUUCUUGCUAUCGGUUGCAUCCCGCUGACAGGCCCGACAUCAUGCAGGUUCUGGAGGUGCUGGAAACGUCUCUUGGCCUUGCAGCGGCCCGGAUCGUGGACGAAACCUCUGCGCAGAUUCAAGAGGCGAAAGUGCCAGAGACACUGUGCUCCGGUGAG